UGCCCCGGCGUGGGGUGCGCGCUUCGGGGGCGCGCGGAGGAGGAGGAGGAGGCCCAGGCGGGAGGCAGGGCUGGCCACGGCCCCACAGCCCAGCCAAGUGGCUGAGCUCGGGCUCGGCUGAAGGGGCUGGGAUUUGCUGGUUUGUCCUUUUUUUUUUUUUUUUUUAAUUUUUUUUUUUCCCUCCCCUGCUUCCUUCCCUUCUUCCGCCUUCUUCUCCUUCUCCCCAGCCCUCUCCCGAUGCUGCUCCGGGGGGCGCAUGGAGGGGGGCUCUCCUGCUGAGACCUGGCGGGUGCCACGGCCCCCCAAACAGCACAGCCCGAGCAGAAGCCAAACCCCUGCCCCGCUGGAGCGCCCCGAGGCCGCCCGCGGCCCCCACGCCAUCCUGGAGAGCAAGGUGAAGGCGCUGAAGGAGAAGCGGGGGGGUGGCCGGCCGGGGACCCCCGCGGCCACCCCCGAGCGCCUCUCGUCCAAGAAGCCCCGUUCCCGUCGGGGGAAGCCGGGGCCGGACGUGGUGGCGGUGGAGCCGCGGGCUCAGCUCCGCACCUACCUGACGGACGGGCUGCUGGACGGCGGGGAGCCUGUGGCCGGUGGCCCCCCAGCUCCGGCCCCCCAUGCUGGCACCCCGGGGCUCUGGCGGGUGCCGGCACCCAAGGAAGGUGUGCCGGGAGGCACCGAGCUCCCCCGGGACGAGGGCAGCGGGUCCCAGGGCCCUGCCUCCCCCCACGAGACACCUCCCCUGGAAGAAGAGGCACGAACCCCGCUGCAGGACCGGGGGGGUCCCUCUGUGUCCCCCACCGCGGCAGAGGGCUGGGAGAGGCUCUCACUGGCCGAGCGGGUGGAGAGGAACCGGCGGCUGCUGCAGGAGGUGCUGGGCCUCGCCGCACCCGAGGUGCCAGCGAGCGACGGGGACUGGGACUCGGGGGUCUCGCUGCAGGACGCCGAGGGCUGCAGGGCCUUUGUCCCCGGGCAGGAGCUUGAGCUGAGCCCGCGGCACGAGCAGGCCAAGCAGCUGCUGCAGCGCGCCCGCAUGAAGGCUCGGACGAACCCGCUGCGCGCCAGCCACGACAUCCUCCUCCUCCCCGCCGCUGCCCCGCGCCCCAGGGAGCCCAGCGGGAGGCCAAGCGUCACCCCGCGGGACGGCGGGAGCCUGAGCGACUCGUCGAGCGGGGAGUCGAGCUGCGGGCGGCCGCGGCGGCCACGGGGACCCUCCCCAUCCCGCGUCCGCUUCGAGGACGAGUCGGCCCGUGACGCCGAGGUGCGGUACCUGGAGCGGCUGCAGCUGCGGCACCGACGGGCGCUGGGCUCGGCGCUCUCCUCGCCGGAGCCGGCUGGUGGCGGGCAGCCGUGGGACGGGUCCGGCCGGCCCAAAGCCCGGAGCGGUGACCUCGUGGCCGGGGGCAAGUGCAGCGCCUGCGGCUCCUUCCUCAGUGCUGCCGCCAGCCGAGGCACAGACACGCCAGCAGGCACCAACGUGGCCGAAAGCAGCCCUGCGGCACAAGGAAGCAUCCCAGGGGAUAGCGGGGGGCCAAGCGCUGCCCGACCGGAGCCCAAAACCAGGCCUCUGGGCCCCCGGGGGUCCCCGCUGUGGAUCCUCCCCUCCCGGCAGCGCAUCCACACUGAGAAGAUCAAGGAGACGUACAUCGGGGACGUCACCUACGUCGAUGAGGUGGACUCAGCCCUGGAGAGCACCGACACCUCUGACGGCUGCCGGACAGACAGCGAGGAGGCAGGACCCCGCAGCCCUCACCCGCGGGGGCACCGGGACCCCCGGGCUCGCGGGCACAAGCCCUUCUGUGUCCCCACGCAGCCGGAGGCGAGGGCUGGGAAGGGGACGUGUGUGGCCGGCGGUGGCCCCCGCACCGGGGACGGGGGCUCGGUAGGCACCGCAAGCCAGCCGGGGGCCGUUUGCCCCCUGCCACCGGUGAGAGCCAGCAGCCAGGAGGAGGGGGACCCCCUCCAGCAUCCAGGAGGGAGCGAAGGGGUGGGAAGCACCGCUCGCCCCCCGCAGCAGCCUGGAGAGCCCCCGGACCCCUCCUCGCAGCGGGGGGCUGGCACCCCAGUGCCGGGCACCCACGUCCCCGCUCCCCCCCCCACCAAGAAGGCCUGCUCCCAGGUGCCUUGCAGGAAAGCCCUCUUCUCUGGCGGCAGCCGCCGGGUGUCCGGCCAAGGAGCGCGGGGCCCAGAGCCCGAUGGUGGGAGCUCUGCGCCCCCCCAGCCCGGGGGCACGGCAGGGCCGGGGGAGCAGCGGGGUCCCUGCAGCCCCAGGUGGCUCCCGGGGAGCCCCCUCCGUGCCUUGUCCACCAACAACUGCAACAACACCCACGGGCAGGACACCCCGGGGACGGGCAGAGGUAAGAGACCGGUGUCCAGGGGUGCCAGGGGUGGGGGGGGCCCAACGAGGCGGGGACGUGACUGUCUCACUGCGGUUACAGGGGCACCAUGCCAGCCCGCUGCCGGCACCGUCGUCCCCACGUCCCAGGAGGCCGCUCGUCCCCCCGAGGAGGCAGCCGGGAUGCCCGGAGCACAGCAGCAGCGGCGGCACCCGGCUGGGAGCGCGGCACACGGGGAGCCGGGGCGGCCGGCGAGCCGCAAGGGCAGCAGCGCUUCGGCGUUGGGGCUGAAGAAGCUCCUGUGCAGCCUGAGCCAGAGCACCAAGCAGCGCCUGGGCCGCUUCCGCUGCUACAGCAUGGAGCAGCUCCCGGCCCCCGGUGACACCCCCCGGGACGGCCCCGGCAUGAAGAAGUCACCUUCCCUGCAGUCCCUGCGGCUGGUGUCACCCUUCUGCCAGCCCCAAAAAGCCACCUCUGUCCAGAGCCUGCACCCCCUCCUGGGCAAGGCACCCCGUGCCAGCGCCUACCUCCUGCCCCAGGCCACGACCGACAGGAAGGGGGGCUCGGGGCCGCGGCGCUCGCUGAGCGUGGAGGACAUCGGGGCGCCCGGGCGGCUGCGUGCGGUGGGACGCGUGGUGGAGGUCUUCCCCGACGGCACCAGCCAGCUGGAGCUGCAGCGGCCCCCCCAUGGCGCCUUCGGGUUUUGUGUCACCUCCGGGCACGGCCGGCCUGACACAGGUGUCUACGUGCAGGAGAUGGCGGACGCGGGCACGGCCAAGCUGUACGCGGGGCUCCUGGGCGUGGGGGACGAGAUCCUGCAGGUCAAUGGGGCGGCCGUCUCAGGGCUGGGGCUGGCCCGCAUCCGCGAGCUGCUGCUCCAGUCGGACACCCUGUCCCUCCGCGUGCUCAGGCACCGCCCGGCACCCCGGUAGCCCUGGCACGGCUCCCGGGAAGUCUGGCGCAAGGAGGAGGACAUCCAGCCGACAUCCUGGGAUGCUGCGUGACGGCACGGCAUGGACCAAGCUGCCCCGCAGCGACCUGCCCUGCUUG